AGGGACACAACAACUGCUGUCCUGUUUGAACUGCAACUUUGAGAUCAUCCACAGCAGGUUCAUCCAGAGCAGGUUCUCCAUCAGCAUAGAUCCUCUGGUACUGAAAGGUGAAGGCCACAGGCAGAGGUCUUACUGUGUUCUCCAUAGCCUCUGCCAGGUGCUGUCCUGAGGAGAAGCAUCAGGAAGGCAGACAGUGCUCUGAGGAGCUUCAGGAAGGCAGACUCUGCCUUGAGAAGAAGCGUCAGGAAGGCAGACACCGCCCUGAAGAGAAACAACAGGAAGGGGGACACUUCCCUGAGUAGAAGCCUCAGGAAGGCUGGUGCUGCUCCUUGGCUUGGGGCACCAGGUGGGGCUCUGCUGGAGUCCUGCUGUGCCUCCCUGUGCUGGCCACCAUGGAGACCCUGUCCCAGGACUCGCUGCUGGAGUGCCAGAUUUGCUUCAACUACUACAGUCCCCGCCGGCGGCCCAAGCUGCUGGACUGCAAGCACACCUGCUGCUCAGUGUGCCUGCAGCAGAUGAGGACCAGCCAGAAGGACCUGCGGUGCCCCUGGUGCCGUGGGAUCACCAAGCUGCCACCGGGCUACUCUGUGUCACAGCUGCCUGACGACCCCGAGGUGAUCGCCGUCAUCGCGAUCCCCCACGCCUCGGAGCACACCCCUGUCUUCAUCAAACUCCCCAGCAAUGGGUGCUACAUGUUGCCCCUGCCCCUCUCCAAGGAGAGGGCGCUGCUCCCGGGAGACAUUGGCUGCCGCCUCCUGCCCGGCAGUCAGCAGAAGUCCCUGGCGGUGGUCACCAUCCCGGCGGAGCAGCAGCCACUGCAAGGUGGCCUUCCCGCUGACGGGGGUGUGGAGGAGCCGGACCGGAGAGGCGCUGUGAAAAGCUCCACCUGGUCAGGGGUUUGCACUGUCAUCCUGGUAGCCUGCGUCCUCGUCUUUCUCCUGGGUAUCGUCCUCCACAACAUGUCCUGCAUUUCCAAGCGCUUCACGGUGAUCUCCUGCGGCUGAGGCGGGGGAAGGGGCUGUGCUCCCCACAGGGGUUGGGUUGGGCCGGUGAUGGUGGUGGUGGUGGUGGUGGUAUCGAGCGAGACAAUUCACCGCAGCUUUGCCCAAUGACUGCAGAACGCUGUGCACCAGGGCAGUGGUGUGGCGGCCCGGCCGCAGCUCUCGGCAGCGCGGUGUUGGGCCUCUUGGCAGCGCGUGGAGAAAAUCGCGUCUGGCGGCAGCGGCACUGAGGAGAGGACUGCAUGCGUCACCAUAAUCAUUUAUCGAAGGGACUGCUACUUACACUGAUAUUUCUUUUUAUUUUUAUUUUUUUAUUUGUUUUUAACCCAUGCUAUGAGAUUAGAGGCAUCUAGAUAGCUGGUUGUACUGUAAAGUAUAUGGUAUGAGCUCUUUUAACACAGUAGAUUAAAAUCAAAACUGCUCCAUGUAGAAUAAAAGGAGAGUUGUUGCUGUGCAAGGUGUUCAGUACCAGUCCACACAUGCAUUAUUUUUUAAUGGGGGAGGAAUAGAGACUUGUAAAACCAAGAAGUUGUUUAUCUGGUAAGGCGUUUUAUAUAUUUUCAAGAGCACAUUAAUUAAACCAAAUUAGGAAGCUGUUCAGUAGGUUUUAAAAGGAAGCAUUUCACAGGCAAUUGUUUCAUUCCUUUGAGUGUUUUUUUUUUUCCACUCUUUUCCUCCCCCAGUUUUUUAAGCUAUAGUGAAGUGACACUUCAGCAUCUUUAAUUUUGAAAGAGCUUCCAAGCAGGAAAACAAAGUGGGUUAGGACGAGUGACUAAAAAUGCAGUCAGAACUCUUCUGCCUAACUGGCUUCAUGCAAAGGAUGGCUUUGAACAGUAACCAAUAGACAAGCUCUUUGACCUCUGAUUUGGCAGCAGGGCCUCCCAAUGACCUGGUCUUCAUAGCCAUUAGCAAAGAAGUAGGUCAUGAGAAGUCCUAGGACUCCUUCCAGCAAGGAUAUGAUAGUAAAUUGCUCUACUUUUUCUUUUUUAGAGGUUGGGUUUUCUUAAGUAUUUUUGAAGAAUUUAAACCUGUUCUGCUUCCCUCUUUCCUAGGAGGUGCAGGUGUGCAUUUUUGCAUGUUACACAUGGAUGGCAUAACACAAGAGUUGCUCUAAGGAAGCCUCACCACCCAACUGAGACCAAGGAUCCUUAUGUGCAAUCAUCUAGUUAAGAGGUAGUGUCAGCUGGGAGGAGAACUCAGGCCACCCUGACCCUUUGCUGGGUGGGCUACCCCUCCUAAAAACCACUGUGGUUGUCCUGGUGUCUGAAUAUCUGGAUGAGCCUUUUCCCACAUCUCAGUCUUAUGAAUCUUGGUCUUUUUAAGGACAGACUUCAAAAAAAGGGCAACAUACAGAAAGAGUCUCCACCUGCGACUGUCAUGCAACCCCAGCCAUUUGCAGUUCACUUGGAAAGAGCCAAAUUCCUGAACCUUCACUGCAGUAGCUCAUGGCUCUAAGCAGUCCCGCUAGCUCUAGUAGUACUGCUUGUAAUGAAACAGAGCUCAGGGUGAAUUUGAGUAUUUGGCAAGUCUGAAAGCUGAAGUUUGCAUGAGAUUUAGGGAUCAGAUCGAGGCACAUGACAGACCUUUAAUAAGAUGGGAAAGGCUAUUGAUUUGUACUUGUUCUUUUUGCAAGUGUGACCUCUUGUCUACUUACUGCUCUUUCUAAUAAUUAAUUAGAAGUUGUUCAGUGCCAUACUAUAACUCUAGAGAACGUAGUUUUUACUAUCCAAUGCCCAAGUUGUCCCUGUAGACAUCAGUGUUUUUCUGGUUGUCUCAAAAUCUGGCUGACUGCUCACAAUAUUCUCUACUAGGACUUCUCUCAGAAACAUACCUCCAACAUACCCUCCUUGUUCCAAAAGAACCAUUUCCUUCCUCAUUGCUGUUAACUGAAGAGUAGCAUAUAGGGUGCUUAAUUGUUAUGGUGUGUGUUGGGUCAUGUAUGGAGGGAGAAGGCAUUGUACUGAUUUUCAUCUACUGUCACAUACGCAUAGCACAGCAAAAAACCACAAACCUUAGAUAACACAUUCAAUGCCUUUUUGUGCAAGGCCCAUGUGCAGUAUGCCUUGAACCUGACUUAAGAAUAUUGUAAUACAUGGACACCUCUCGCAGCAUGUUUAAUUUGGUUGCAGUAGGGAACAGCAGGAAUUCCAAAAUAUGUCUUGUGAAUGUGCUAGUUUGUUGUUGCCAGUAGGUAGGCAAAUUUCUACUGACAUCCACGCUAUGCUGCUUAUUGUGUAAAAAAAAGCCAGUCCACAAAAAAAAAAAAAAAAAAAAAAAAAAAAAAAAAAAAAUUUAAAAAAGGAAUUGCCUUCAUAAGACUCUUGAGGAACUGACCAGAUAUAGGACUUAGCCCUCCACUGCCUUAUCCCCUGUAGCAACUGAUGGAUGUACCAGAAGCAUAUGGUGCAUAGCGUGUAGAUGCUCUGAGAGCAGUGCUGAUGGCUUUUGGACCAAUUUGUGAUUGCACAAAAACUCAGUCAAAGAGCAGAUCCUGGAGAUAGAAUUCUGGUAAUGAUAACCUCCUUCUGGAUGUACCUGCCCAACUGAAGCUCUUGAGGCCAAGGUUUCUCUGGCUGUGCAGAGCAUGGCUGUCUUGAAAACCACCCCUCUUCAUCCCUAAGUAGAGGGUACAGUAUGAAAGAGAAAUCAGAAAUUAGGUUAAAAUACCAUACUGCAUAACACAUUGUACAACAGUCAGACCUGGAGUUUAUCUGGUAUUAAUGACGUAAGAUAUUAGCACAAUACCAUCCUGUAUUACGUUGACAUUGAUUUGUUAAUAUGAAUUUCCUGUACUUUUUGUGCCUGCUGAUAUGCAUGUUUGACCUAAUUUCUGAUCCAGACAUUUGCCUGCUCACAGCUUUGUGUAAGAGCAAUAAGUAAAACCUCAAGAAUCUUGCCUGCGUGUGCAUGCGUGUGCACGCGGUGUGUACGUUUGUUCCUUUUUAUAAAUAGGAGUUCCAGAGAUGUUUCUGUCCUGGCUUUAUACUGUGACUAAAUCAUUUUAAAUUUGCAGCUGUCAUAUCAUGUUGGCUCACCUAGCUUUUUUGCUGACUUGUAUAGAAGUGAACUAAAUAGUUUGUUGUUAUGUACAGUGUAAAAAUGUUUCUCAAGUAUGUCAAUAGUCAUACUGCUUUAAAAAUGCAGUGCAGUCUGUCCCAUUCCUUGGUCCAGUACCUAGCAUUAAAAAGUGAUACUGCUAUAUACACUUUUAACUUUCUUUUAUUUUAUUUUUUAAAAAAAACAAACCAAAACAACACAGCCUUGUCUUUUUAAUUUUUCUCUGUGGAGAAACACUUCUGGACUUGUGUCAAAAUCAUUAGAUUCUGGGAUUGUUUUUUUCCUCUGGUGUCCAGUAAGAAAUCACUGCCCAGUUCCACCAAAAAAAGGAGGGAAACUUACUGUGACACCAGUACUGUUUUAGCAACCAAAAUUUAUGUGAGAACUUGUGGGUAGUUACUGAAGCACCUGCAUUUUUAGAGCAAAUUACUCUGUAUGAAUGUGUAUUUAUUUGCUUGUUUAACAGAAAGGAUGUGUGCGUUUGGGUCCAGCUUUGUUUUUUUCUGUGGAGGAUCCCAACUUCCAGAUUUGGCUUGUGCUUUCUUGGCAAACAGACUUUAGGGUUCACUCUGUGAAAUUUUAUUUAGUGAAUUUUAAAAAUUCAAGAUAUGCAACUUUGGUAUGCAGGAUUUUUUUAGGAAAUUGUGUGUUCAGUGAUUGUUCAUGCUUAACCAAGAUGUAAAGGAGCCUGGAUGUUUUGUAAACAUGGAGCAAUCAUGAGUUCAAAGUUUUAUCUUUAUUAAUGAAGCUCAGUCUGAAUAAAAUAUUAGAAGGAGAAGAAUGACA